AUGGUUUACGGUAUCCUAUUAGAAAGUAUUGUUCAAAGUUUUGUUCUCGAAAAAUACGAUAAAAUUUUAUUGGAACAAGUUGAAGAAUCUGUGCAACAUUGUUUAACUAACUUAAAUCUCUUCGAGCUGUAUGAUGAUAACCUUAUGUUUGGCAUCGCUGAAGCUUUAUCGGAGAUUUUACAUGAAGGUGAACCUGAUUUAUAUAUGGAGUUCUUCGGUGUAUGUUUUGUCAAAUUUUUCACAGCAUAUGGUUAUGAUAAAAUCUUACGUGUUGCUGGAAGACAUUUCAGAGAUUUUCUUCAUUCAAUUGAUCAAUUACACGAUUCGACUAGGUUUAGUUUUCCAAAAAUGAAAUCACCACUAUUUCAUGUUACUGACGAAGAUGACAAUGGUGUUCUUUUACAUUAUAAAUCAAGGCGUCGUGGAUUUCAGCGAUAUAUUGUUGGACAAUUAAAAGAAUGUGCAUCAAAGUUUUUUAAAGAAGAGAUAUUUGUUCGUGUGCGCGAUGACAUUUCAACAAAUGAAUAUACUCAUCUUGUUUUUCGAGUGGAUUUUAAUAAUUUUAUGGCACGUUCCAUACAAAGACGUCUUAUGCAAGGCCCAAAAUUACAUGAUGUGACAAGUGCAACAUUUUUUCAAGUAUUUCCAUUUGCUAUUGUACUUGAUCCUCAAUUACGUAUGGUUCAUAUGGGAGCUUCAAUAAAAAAUGUAUUUCCAGUUGGAACGGUGCUAUCUGGUCGAGCUUUAGAAGAUGUAUUUCGUCUUAUUCGACCAGAUAUAAUACUUGAAUGGAAUAAAGUACUUUCAUACGGUCAACAUAUUGUAUUUGUUAUUGAAUCUAAAAUUCCACUUUGUACAAAUCCAUCAGCAGUUGGAAGAAAAUUCGGUUCGAACAAUACUCAAAUUCGUCUUAAAGGACAAAUGAAAUUAAUAUCAGAUUGGAAUAUGAUUGCUUUUCUGUGUCACCCUAUAUUAGCAACAACCGACGAGAUGCUUUCUGUUGGCUUAUUUCUACGUGAUUUAAAUUUCUAUGAUGGUAGCAGUGAAAUUCUUAUUGUUGGCAUGCAACAUGCUCGAACAUUACAAGUAGCUAUUGAUAAGCAACAUGCCUGGAUAACAAGAUUACAAAGUUCAAAAUCAGAAUUACAAGAAUGGCGUCGAAAAGGUAAACGUCUAUUAUAUUCAAUGAUGCCAAGACACAUUGCAAAUAUGUUACAAGAUGGUGUUUUAGCAAACUCAAUAUGCGAAUCUCAUAAACUAUUAACUGUUCUAUUCGGAUAUUCAAUUGAUUUUAAAGACGUUAUACAAAAAUUAAAUCCACAACAAAUUGUUGAAUCUAUCAAUACUACAGUUAAUGCAUUUGAUCAAUGUUCAGAACGUUUUGAUGUAUUUAAAGUUGAGACAAAAGCUGAUUUAUCAUAUAUGGUCGUAGCUGGUAUACAAGAUCGUUCCAUACAUCCUCAACGACGUGCAUCAACCACAAGUCAAUCAACGACGAAUGGUUUUUCCCUAAUGGAUGAAUUAGGAUCAGAAAUGAAAAAUCCAUUAGGUCUUAAUCAAGCAGAACUCGUCGCUGGUCUUGCGCUUGAAUUGCUAAAAAUUUCCAAAAAAGUUAUAAAUCCUAUUACAAAACAACCAUUUCGAGUUAAAUUUGGUUUUCAUUCUGGUCCAGCUGUUGGUGGAAUCGUAGGUGCAAAAAAUUUUCAAUACUGUCUAUUUGGUGAUACAGUUAAUACAGCUAGUCGAAUAACAACGUCGGGAGAGCCCGGUAAAAUUCAUUUGAGUAGUACAUCGUAUGAACUUUUAAAAAAUUCACCAUAUUUUGAACUCCAAUAUAAAGGAAAAACAGAAUUAAAAGGUAAAGGUUCGUUUGAAACCUAUUGGCUGAUUGGUCCAACAGCAACUUAUAUAUCUGCUAUUGAACGUGCUGCUUUUGAAUUAGACGACGCAGAAACUCUAAACUCUAAUAUUCAACAAGCAACUAUGUUUGAAAAUCUUACUGGAACAAAUUCCAAUCAUACAUCGGAUAAUGAAAUAAUAAAAGUAACACGACGGCCAUCAGUCAUGAGUACUAUUAAUAGAAGAACAUCACUUCUGAAUGGUCAAUGUCCGUUUAGUGCUCAUUUCAAUUGA